CCACUCAAAAUCACAAUGAAUCUCCUUCUUCAUCUCUCUAUCUUCUUCGCCAUUCUCUCCGUCUCUCCAUCCUCUCACAGCUGCAACUCAGUCGAGAAAAAUGCCCUCCUUCAAAUCAAGAAAUCUUUUAACAACCCACGAAAAUUCUCCUCGUGGAAUCCUCAAACCGACUGUUGUACUGCCUGGAGCGGCGUCAAAUGCACCAACGGCCGCGUCACAGACCUCGCUCUCUUUUCCAGUAAAAACUAUGGUCAGAUCCCUGACCAAAUCGGUGACCUCCUUGAACUGCGUUCACUUUUUUUAACUUAUUUGCCACAUGUCAGCGGAAACUUACCACGUACCAUCACCAAACUCAAGAACCUUGACUCCCUCAUCUUAAGGCAUAACAAUCUCUCCGGUCCAAUUCCUGAAAACAUCGGCGAGCUCAAAAGCCUAACGUUCUUGGACCUUUCCUAUAACCAGUUUACCGGUUCUAUUCCCGGUUCGCUUUCUCAGAUGCCGGUGCUUGAGACCAUUAAAAUCGACCACAAUAAGCUAACCGGUUCUAUACCGAACUCAUUCGGCUCCUUUGUAGGCAGAGUCCCCAAUCUCUACUUGUCUAACAAUAAGCUCUCAGGAAACAUACCGGAGUCGUUGUCAAAGAACGACUUUAACGGAGUAUUUCUGUCGAAAAACAGAUUCACAGGAGAUGGUUCGAUGUUUUUCGGACGGAACAAAACAACAAUAUCAAUGGAUCUAUCGAGGAAUUUGUUUGAAUUCGAUCUCUCCAAGGUUAAGUUCGCUAGGAGCAUAGUUGAUUUGGAUCUGAGCCAUAACCGAAUCUUCGGGAACCUUCCUAGGGGGCUGAUCAAGCUACGUGAUCUCAAGCUUUUCAACGUUAGUUACAAUCGUCUCUGCGGGAAAAUCCCACGUGGUGGUCUCCUUCAGACCUUCAAAUCUUAUGAGUUCGCUCACAACCGCUGUCUUUGUGGAACUCCUCUUAAGGCUUGUUAAAUGGUCUGAGAACAAAUAAUUAUGUCUUUAUCUGUAUGAUGAUGAUCAGGUGUUAAUUUCAGUCAAAUGAAUUGUUGCUUUUAAUAAAUUAAUGUUAAGAAAUUGGUAAUAAGAAUGUUUGUUUAGAUGUUC